AUGGCUGACCCUUUGAGUAUUACUGCAAGCGGCAUAGCCAUCGUUCAACUAGCAGAAAAGCUGAUAACCUUGGGUUAUACUUACCUUGGAGGGGUAAAGGGGGCAUCAAAAGAUUUACGGGACCUAGUUGGCGAGCUCCAGUCUCUUGGAAAUGUUCUCGUCACUUUACAAGACUAUGUGCAGGCCGAUAGAAAUCUCGAGUCUACUGCCUUGCAGCUGAUCAAUGGACAAAACGGACCUCUUCCAGAAUGUGCACUGGAACUCAGGAGGCUUCAAUUGAAGCUGGAGCCGAAACAAGGUCUUAAAGGAAUUAUUCAAAACUUGAAAUGGCCGUUGAAAGAAGCAGAAACCCAACAAUGCAUAGCACGAAUCCAGAGACAAAAGAACCUUUUUAUCCUAGCUUUAACUAUGGAUAAUCUUACUGUAUCUAAGGCGGUAAAGGCGUAUGUGAUGGAUUUGGACCGUGCGGCAGAAGAAAUCAAUGCCAGCGUGCAGGACACGAACGCCGUCGUACAAGAACUUAAAGCAAAGCUCGAAGCCGAGGCCUCCACCCAGGAUCUUUGGAGACAAAAACAAGAUUCUAUCCAGAUGAUGGAAAUCCGGGAAAAAAUAUUGAAUUGGAUAUAUCCGGACCAAACAGAUAAAAAACACUUAGAAAUCAACAGCAGAAGGCGAAAUAGCACUGGUGAUUGGCUCAUAAGAACACCCCAAUUACAAGCGCUACUCAAUACUCAGGAUCCUAAACUCCUUUGGGGUUAUGGCAUUCCUGGAGCUGGGAAAACAUUUUUGAGCUCCGCGGUCAUUGACAAUCUUCAGAAACAAGCAUCGACGAAGAAUUAUGGGGUAGCUUAUGUAUACUUCGACUACAAGGAGCAAGAUAGCCAGACUCCAACAAACGUUAUCGCUAGCCUGGUAAAACAGCUUUCGAUUCAGUUACCGGGCCCUCGCCUUCCCAAAGAAAUUGAGACAAUGCACGAAGCUUUACGAUCUCGAGGAAAACGGCCCAGUUUAGAAGAGUUAUAUGAGGUUUUACGUGUAUUAUUAAAGCCUCUCUCGUUCGGAUACAAUCGAGUAUUCCUCAUUUUUGAUGCCUUGGAUGAAUGCCAUCAAGGAAAUCAGAGAAAGCACCUUUUACCACUAUUUCAUCGUCUGGUAAAAGACGGUGCUAGUAUUUUCAUAACUAGCUGCCAUUUUCCAGAGGAUAUUCAAGAAUCCUUUAAGUUUUCAGAGAAGGUAGAACUUUUGGCAAAGGAGAUGGAUAUCAGAACGUAUAUCCAAGAAAUGAUCGACGAGAGCCCAGGGACAAAGCGCGGUAUUGGGGACGAUAAUGGUUUUAAAGAAGAGAUAGUAUCCGAGCUUGCUAGUUGCGCUAAAGAAAUGUUCUUGCUCGUGAAAUUUCAUGUCGAAUACAUAUGCCAGCAAUCUACACGCAGACAAAUCAAAGAAGCCCUCGUGAAACUGAAACGCUCGUCCACCGAAAAGCGGCCGUUGGACCCCACAUAUGAUAGAGCCAUGAAAAGCAUCCACGAAAAGCCCGAAUCACUCAGAGAACUGGCUAUCAAGAUACUCUCGUGGCUUGUACACGCUCAGCGCACCCUAACUGUCAAAGAAGUUCAAACGGCAGUAUCUGUUGAGCUAUAUAGAUACGACAUUGAUGAGAAAGAUCUGCCAGAUAGAGCUACACUGCUCGAGGAAUAUCUCCAGGAGAAAUCUAUUAUUCCUGGCGAUGCGGCCUUCACAAUUGCGAUGACUUGCGUAACUUUCCUCUCCUUCGAUACAUUUUCCUCAGGGGCCUGUGAAUCAAAGAAUUCUAUUAAGGAAAGGCUUCAGACGUACCCUUUCUUUGAAUAUGCUGCCCUUAAUUUGUCUUCUCAUCUCCAUAAAUGUGGAGAACUGGGGGACUCAGCGGUGGACAUACUUCUCCGGUUUCUCGCAAAUCCCGGAUCUACCUCUUCCUACCUGCAAGUCGUCUAUCUCUGGAGACGUGACUAUUGGGAAGGUGACUAUGAUGAUUUCGAGAAGUAUCCGAAAGGCUGCCUUCCUCUGCACGUAGCAUCAAUCUUAGGGGUUUGUGAAGUGAUUCGGGUGCUGAUAGAGGGCGCCGAUUUCUCGAUCCCAAAGAAUACUGGAUGGGAGAAAGUUUAUAAGGCGGCUUCCAGAGGGCACAGUUCGGUCGUCCAAUUACUAUUGGAGAAGAAAGCAAAUGUCGCUAUGAAAUCCGGGGAAGACGGACUGACAGCGUUGCACAUGGCAGCUGGACAUGGGCAUGAAGCAGCCAUAAAGCUACUGCACGAGCUGGGGGCGGACAUCUCUGGGGAGGAUGAGUAUGGAGAAACAGCAUUGCACGUGGCAGCUGAAUAUGGACAUGAAGCAGCCGUAAAGCUACUACUCGAGCUGGGGGCGGACAUCUCGAAGAAGAGUGGUGGUUUGGGGGAUACAGCGUUGCACAUUGCGGCAAGUUUUGAGCACGUGGGUGUAGUCCAACUACUCCUAGAGAAGGGAGCGAGGAUCUCGGAAAAGAAUAAGGAAGGAAGGACGGCAUUACAUCUUGCGGUGGAAUAUGACUUGGAAGAGGUGGUUAAGCUGCUACUCGAGCGUGGGGCAUACGCAGACAUCUGGGGAAAGGAUGCGGAUGGAAAGACGGCAUUGGAUCUUGCGGCAGAAGCCGAAUACGAAGGGGUAGAAUCCGCACAUGGAGAUGUAUUCGAGAUACUACUAGAGCAUAUAGCGGACACGACAUCGCACACGGCUACUGAAGGGUGGUACGAAGUAGCUACAAAGCUACUGCUCGAGCGGGGGGUGGCGGACAUCUCGAAUAUAGAUAAGUUUAGAAGAACAGCAUUGCACAUAGCAGCUGAAAUAGGGCAUGAAGUAGCUAUAAGGCUACUGCUCGAACAGGGGGCGGACAUUUCAAUAAAGAAUAUUCUUGGGGAUACAGCGUUGCACAUUGCGGCAAGUUUUGAGCACGUGGGUGUAGUCCAACUACUCCUAGAGAAGGGAGCGAGCAUCUCGGAAACGAAUGAUAAAGGAAGGACGGCAUUACAUCUUGCGGCGGAAUAUGGCGCGAGAGGUGUGGUUGGUCUGCUACUCGAGCGUGGGGUGGACAUCUGGGAAAAGGACGCGGAUGGAAAAACGGCAUUGAAUGUUGCGGCGGAAUCCGAAUACGGAGGUCGGGCACUCGUGAUACUACUAGAGCAUGCAGCGGAUACCUCAGAAGAUGGUGAUAGAGGGAAUACAGCAUUGCACACGGCCGCCGAAAUGGGGUAUGAAGCAACCAUAAAGCUACUGCUCGAGCUUGGGGCGGACAUCUUUGAAAAGAAUGGGUAUGGAGAAACAGCAUUACACAUGGCAACUAAAAAUGGGCAUGAAGCAGCUGUAAAGCUACUACUCGAGCUAGAGGCGGAUAUCUUGGAAAAGGAUAAUAUUGGGCAUGCGGCAUCGGAAAUUGCAGAGAGGAAGGGCAACAGCGAGAUGGUCGAGCUAGGCAAUGCGGAGAAUUAA